GACACACCGCACCGUGCCUCGGUCUCAGGCAGUCUGCCAUCACGUAACUCCUACUCUCGUUCCCACAACACUCCUUCAAUGCUCGGCUCUUCCUAUAACCCCACUCACCGUGUCACCCGUCGCAAGAGCACUACUCUGAGCGCUGCCACCAGUGCUCAAGCGAUCUCCCAAGCCAUCAACAUCGAUCAGUCCAACGCUGCCCGAAGAUCCGUCUCUUCACGCAAUGCACUGGGUUCCGUAAGCCAGGCUAGCUAUCCUUCUCCACCGAGCAGCCUGCCUCAAGGCGACAAGCCUGCCGAUGACAAGAAGAUCAAGGCUCGUCGCGGUAGCGAUGGCUCCGUCUUGACAAAGAAGAAGUCGGCUGCUGGAGAACUCAAGUGCGAAACCUGCGGAAAGGGUUACAAGCACAGCAAAUGGCAGUACACAUCCAAACUCCUCAUCUCCAAGCACCAGCAAGUGCAGUUGUUAGAAGCUGCCUCGGUCCUUGUUGCCAUGAACGGAGAUGCCACUCCGGGAGACAGCAAACUCAGCGACAGCGACAACUCGUCUGCCUCGCCUGCUGCCUCUGGUUCUGACUCCAGAGAAGACGACAUCAGCUCCGCCGAAACGACGCCUCCUCCUCAUGGCGAGCAAUCUUUCGGACACAACAAGCGCUACAGCAAUGCCAGCAGCCUUGUUUCGCGCUCAUACCAGUCCGAAUUCUCUGCUCCUCCUGGAUCAUCCCACGCCCGUCAUUGGAGCACUUCAAGCAGCAGGCCUAUUACUGCUGCCACUUCUCUGNCCCAGAGCUAUCCCGAUGAGGACCAAGCGGAUCUCGCUGCUGCAGUCGGCUUGCUCAGCUGCAGCUAUGGCACCNCCACUUACGGUCCCACCAGCUUAGGCAAAGAUGUGCCUCCGGUUCCUCNNCCCCUUCCUGCAAGAUACCAGAACUCUUACCAGCCAAGCUCCUUGGCAAAUGCUCACCAGUUCCACGAAGAUGUCGAUAUGGAAGAGGAGUCGUACUCGGAUGACGACGACGAAACCAGCAGAGCAGAUGAAGCCGACGAUGGUGUCUUUGGCACAAUGGAAGAGUGA